AUGUCUUGCACCAUUUUGAUGGUGCAGUCUACCAAGAGGCCAGAAGGCAGAACUUACUAUUAAUCUGUGAAUGAGUGCACGGAAGGCGUCUGUAAAAUGAAUGAAUCUGAAGAGAAGAGAAGGAAUCCCAACAGCCCCUCUAUCACGUAUGAUAUCAGUCAGUUGUUUGAUUUUGUCGAUGAUCCGGCAGACCUCAGCUGCCUUGUUUACCAAGCUGAUACCCACACAUACCAGCCAUAUAACAAAGACUGGAUUAAAGAGAAGAUCUAUGUGCUCCUUCCUCAGCAGGCCGGGAAAUAG